AUGUCCACCUCCAACGGUGACUCUAUCAACGCCAUGCCCGCAACCAGUUCAGAUCACGACAGCGUCGUUGGUGCCACACCUCCCUCAGGUGCAGAUGCCAGCACUAUUUGCAAAACCCCUGUUGCAGGAUCUACGGAAGAACCUAGCACCCACAAUAGUUCAGUCGCCUCCACAAGCGCCGAAGGGGCAACAGCAUCCGAGGCUAAUGCAAAUGGUACUUUGGCAACAACAGCUGAUACCAACUCCAAUAAGCCAACAGCUGAUGCCAACUCCAAUAAGCCGAGACCCUCAGAAACACCCCGAGCCAAUCGCACGGAUGGAAAAACUGAGGAACUCACCACCCUUCGAUCACAGAUUGCCUUAGAAAUGAAUAACGAAUUCGUCGAGUGCAGCGUCGAGGUUUUCUUGAAGCAUUACCUUCCAUUUGAACCUUCUGAAGUAGCUGUCGAAGAAUGUAUCUUGAGACUUCUUGGAAAGGAUGCUGCUCCCACCAACGAUGCUAUUGAAGGCUGCCCCAGUCUCCAGCAGGCCGCAGAACCACUCAGACAAUCCGCACGCUUCAAGACGCUUCAUCAACCUCUCUAUAACAAAGAAGAGCCGAUAUUGUGGGAAAUUAUACUAGAGGAAACCACUGCUCUUCGAUUCACCGACUAUAUGGAAUGCCUCAGUAAUGAAGAGGCAGCAGAAAAGACAUUAUUUACUCCCUUGAAGUCUAUCGCUGAUGCCGUCGGAGGGUACAGUGAGACCUGUGACGGGAGGGUUCGCAACAGUUUUCAGUAUCUGAAUUGCCAGGAUACGAUCAUUUCAUCGGACAUAAGGGGCUCAAACAAUAAGAUAGAUGCCUGCUUUUCAAAUGGAGGGAGUGACCUACACACCAAGUAUAUUGUUGUACCUAUUGAGCAAAAGGUCACCGGUGCCAACAGAGAUUCAAACAACCGUCAGGUAGUAUCGGCAAAUGUUCAAAUUAUGAACGAUGACGUGCGGCGUAUGUUCACCUAUGGGAUGACCUUCGAAGGCGAUGAGGCAACACUUUGGUAUCAUUGUCGCUCCCAUUCUGCUGUUUCGAAACAAUUCAGCUUUAUCGAGAAUCCAAAAUUACUCGUCAAGGUGUUCCUAUCAUUUCUGUUUGCAACAGACGAAGAACUCGGCUACGAUCCCAAUGUCACUCCGGUCGAAGGCAAGAAGCGUCAGUACACCUUCAAAAUCACCAGUUCUGAUGGGAAAUCGGCCAAGUUCUACCGCACUGUCAAGGUACUUUCUGAAUACCCCUCGAACAGCAUAUCUGGUCGCAUGGCGCGUGUAUGGUUGGUCGAUCGGGUUGAUUCUGAAGGCAACAAGAUUGGCCCGCAAUGUGUUUUGAAAGACGUCUGGCUUGGCGUAAAUGCUCUCACUGAAAAGGAGAUCCAGACGGCCAUCUUUGCAGAUAUUGAGAAAUACUGUCACCCCGACAAGCCAGAUUACAACUUGGCAUUGGAUCCUCCUGAAGACUCUCCCGAGGCCUCUCUCAAUAAUAUCAAGAUGCGAAAUGCCGAGCUCGUUAAGUCUGGCGAGUACAAGCAGUAUUUCCUCGAAAUUGAAAGUGAUCAUGCUGGCAAGCCCUCCAAAGAUGUUUUGGAGGGAUGUACUCCCGUCACAGGCUUGUUUCAGAACGCCGAUGCAGAUAGGAUUGCAUCUUUGAAUGACAAUUCUAUUCGACCGGUGGGAUCGACACCUUUUAUAAACAGUGGACAGCAACACAAGCGAACAUAUACCCCCCGUAAACAGUAUCGCGUCAUCUUCAAAGAAGUCUGCCAGGCUGUGGGCGAUCUGCCUACUUUGGGGAAGGUGCUUAAUAUACUUAAACAAACUGUCAUACCCCUUUCGCUCCUGUACUGUGCUGGCUGGGUACACAGAGAUAUAAGCUCGGGGAAUAUUCUUGCUCAUCAAGGAGGCAGCGUCUUGCGGGCCAAAUUGUCAGACCUUGAAUAUGCCAAGAAGUUCCCUCUACCUGAAGAUCAUAAAGCCAACGGUGAUGCCAAAACGGGUACUCCUUUUUUCAUGCCUAUCGAAAUAAUGCAAGACGUUUAUAUAUAUAAUCGAAUCGACAACAAAAACGACAUAGCAUUUGCAAUUCGCGAUCCGUCUCUUUUUGUCGCCAAAAAACAACUCGCCGAGCUUGGUGCCCCCCGGAAAAAUACUUCGCGUAUGUCUUAUACCUCGGUUGUCUAUAACUUUCAACAUGAUCUCGAGUCGCUUUGGACCUGGGCCAACGAAGUUUUUCAACAUGAUGUCGUGCCUACUCCUGAGAGGAUACGCUUUCUGAGGGCUUUGUCCAGCAUCUCGCUUGAAGAUAUCAUGCUCCCAUCAAUCUCAUUUAUGCAUCUCAUGGUGGACUACAUAAGAUCUGCCAUGAAUAUUGCGUAUUCAGGACGAGCAAGGGACGACACACUCAGAGACACGCUAUCUUAUGCUAUCAUUGUAGACCGCUUCCAUUUUUGUUUUCAACUACUCGAGAGUGUCUCCGGCUCCCCUUGGGAGGAAACACCUCUUGUGAUGAACAUUCCCGCUGAUGGCCCCAACUCUGUUCAACCUGCUGAUGCCGCUACAGCAGUGCCCAGUGCUCCCUCACUUUUUGCUGGUUGUAAGAGACCCAAUCCAAACAUUGGGAAGACGGCACCCUCAGAAUCUUUUAAACCAGGCCCGGCUGACGAAGACGUAGAAGCUACCCUGAAACGGCAAAGACCUAAGCGCAUUAAAAUGUAG